ACACAUCGCCGCCUGUCUCUCUCUCUCUCUCCUCUCUCGCUGUUUUGUGGGAUGCUCUGGUUGGAUGAGCCCUCGCAUCGGAGUCACCACCAUUACAUCAUCUAUUCCCACACAGCCUAACGCGAAAUGCGAGCGUUUUAAUAUUUAAACGGGAUCCCGAUUCAGUUUCAGACCGAGCAGCAGCAGCAGCAGCAGACGGGGCCGCGCGCUCUCCCCCAUAAAGGACGCCGUCUGUGGGGAUUAUGAAAAACACAUCAACAAAAUCUGCGGGAAUGAUGGCGUUUCAAUGAGCGGGGAGGAGAGGAGGGGGAGAGGAGGAGAGACGUGCACCGUCAUCAGCAUCUGUCCGCCAGCUCCCUUUGUGUUCACCGGAGAAUGUGAAUGGCGAAAGAUGACAUGGCAGAGGUAGAUUUGGCAUCAAGCGGAGCGGAACCCCCCGGCGAGGCCUCCUCGGCGUUUCCCUACGAGGAGUAUGAAUGCAAAAUCUGCUACAAUUACUUCGACCUUGACCGCCGGGCUCCGAAGAUCCUGGAGUGCCUGCACACGUUUUGCGAGGAGUGCCUGAACACGCUUCACCUCCGGGAGGAGCGGCCAUGGCGCAUCAGCUGCCCCGUCUGUCGCCACCGGACUCCGGUGCCGGAUUAUCGGAUACAAAACCUGCCCAACAACACCAAGGUGACGGAGGAUUUUCCGCUCUACAUCGACUCGGACCCCCUGCCUCAGGACGCUUUGCCGCCGUACCCUCCCCCGCUGCACCCAGCCCUCGUCGCCCUCCGUCGAGAGGAGGCGUCGGGGACGUCCAGCACCAGCCAGGCGACCCCGUCCACCACGGUGUCCACGGCCACGACCCUCUCCCAGGACUCGGUGCGCUACGACAGCUGUCAGAGCUGCAAGAGGGUCGCUCUGACCACCGGCUGCGUCUGCGUGAUCUUCUCCUUUCUGUCCAUGCUGGUGUUGCUGUUCAUGGGCCUGAUCUUUGUGCACAGUCACAGCAUUCCUCCCUCGCCGGCGGGACCCAUUUGCUUGUCGGUGGCCAGCAUCCUGGCGAUGUUCUCGGUGGUCGUCACAUGGCUCAUCUGCUGGCUCAAAUACAGACCGGACCAUGAGACAGGCCGCUCCUCCGCCACCAGUAACUCCCGGAGAAACGCCUGAUAGGCUCAGAGACUAUUGAUGGAGAUGUUGUGCUGUGGGGUGUGUGAUCCUGUACAUAAUACUGACAACUGAUACUCCUGCUCCCUUUACUUUUCUAGGAAUAAAUCCAGUCCAGAAUGGCCUUUUAUCAGUAUAGCAAACACCCAAAGGCCUUCGAGUUGUUUGGAGCAAUAGGCCGACAUGAUCCUCGAUAAUCUUUUCCUUAACUUAUGCACUUGAAUUUGCAGUAAGGCCCAGCUGACUGGGCAUCUGGAGGAGUGAACUGAAGACUUAGACCCCCCUGGCGUUGGUCUGAGAUGUGGCUGGUUUUGAUGACUGAAUGUGAAGUGCUCAUUUCCCGGGUUUGACCCCCCCCCCCAUCCCCUCCCCUGUCCUGCCAGAUGAUAUGCAUAUCUCACUAUGCCACUCACUGUAUGAUAACUGUCCAUGAUGAUUCACUCUUAUAUCUCAACAAAGCACUAUUGUAUUGUACAGAUAUCUGGCUGGUGUUUCACUUCUUGAGUUUCCCCGGUGACAGAUGGAUUUUGGUUUUUUGAUGGAGGCUUGUAUGUUCUAUGUGAAAAGCCUCUGAAGUGUCGUUCUGUUACAGCGCAUCCACAAUCCAAACUGUAAAUAGUCCACACAGAGAGAGAGACAGAGAGACAGAGAGAGAGAGGUGGUGGUGGUGAGCGGUACUUGGAUAGGUGUGAUCAGCCUCUCCUGAACACCUUCCCAAUCCUCCUGCUUUAACUUAUCUAACAGGAUGGCACUGUCUCCAUACUGCACCUCUUCCAGGUAAAGGGAUACAAAAGGCUGGCUUGUGAUUUUAAACUUGUGUUUUGGCUACUUUUGUGCAUGUUAGGCUACUGAAAGGUCACAGCUUCUUUGUUUUUUACUUUGUUUUUGUUUUUUUAACGGAAGAGACAUCGUGUCUCCUGACUCCUGUGCCUCACCUCAUUGCUGAAUGGAGCAAAACUUCACUGUAAUCAUGAUCAAAAUCAUGCACGGGCCUCCCACCACUGACAGCACCCAGCUGGGGUGUCAGCAGGGAUUUCCUCCUCCUGUCACAUUAUUUACACAUCUGUAGUGAAAAACAGGGUUUCCAACGUGGAGCACCUUUUUAUACUUAUAAAAAAAUGUAGUUUUUUUUUUUGCACCUGGCUUUGAAGGAAGGCUAAAGACAUAUGUGUCUGUAUAAGUGUUUAAACAGGUCCACUCUCAGCUACCGCUUCUUUCAGAGCCACAUGUGAGAUCAGACCUGAGGAAAAACUUGACUCUGGUUCCUCAGAGAUCAACAGGAGUCAUAAUUACCUCUGGAAACUCAAAGAGCCCCAUCGCUGCUGCGGCAGAGAUUAGACAGCGGUACCUUAUACAAGUCAAAUCCUUCAUUAACACAAUGCAAUUAUUGAACUGUACUAACAUAAUUCACUUUAUAUGGGAAGGUGGGUCAAAAAAACGAAUCCACUGAAUUAACUUUUCAGUGGGAUUAGCUUCAGACAAGGUAAUGCAAUCAAAAAAAAGCUCAAUCUCAAUGGCCUAUAGUGGGUAGACUUCUUAUUAUGAAUAUUACUGUGAACCGCUGGUGAAUCGUGUGUUUGUACAAUCUAUACAAUUAUUUAUCAGAAGUCUUGAAUAUGGCAAAAAAAACAAACAAAACAACACCUUAUUUGCAACGCAGUGCAAAACCCUCGUAUUGACAAAUAUGAAUUGCACUUCCCGGACCUUCCUGACAACAUUUCGUAAAGAAUUCGCAGAUGAUUUGAGCAGCAGAACGGUUUAAGACUGACUCACACACUCAUGGUAUCCCUACCUCGUUGCACAGUGGGGAAAAAGACGAAAGAAAAAUAUAACAAUUCACCGUGAUUCUUAACUUCCCAUCCCCAACCUCCAAUCUGAUCCCCAUGCUUGCUUCAAUCAUCCUGCCCCCCCCCCCCCCCCCAACUUCUAUACGAUGCACUUUCCCCCCUUAUUUGACACAAGUAACGGGGUAUUACCUUUGACAAAUGUAAGCAUAUUGUAUUUAUUUCAGAGGACCUAGAAAACGUUGUUGGUUUUUAUGAGAAUCUGUGGUUGUUGUUGAAGUACCAAAAUGUAUUUGCACAGAGAACUGUUCUUUAUGUGCUGUUUUACAUACAUAAACACAUUUCAGUAAUAAAGAAAAACAUGAAUA